AUGGAAACAAUUUCAGCUAUAUGUCCUCAUUUGCAGAAAGAGAGAUCAAUUCCUCCAAAAACCCCAAAUGGCUAUGUUCCACCCUUCCUUGCGUACGCCGCUCAGAUCCCCGACGAGGUAAAAGACAUGGUCAUGGCUAUUAUAGGGGCGCAGGCCAACGCAGACGAAGCCAACGUAUUUUUCGCUCUGGAAAUCGAGAGGUUUGUGAGUGUGGUGGACGCGGCUUUGCGUCCCCGAUAUUGGGAGUGGGCUGCCUACACCGACAGUACCGGAGCAUACAAUCAAAUGACCAUUGCAUACUGGGACAGUAAAAGCAAGUAUCUUAAAUGGACCUCCCAGAGUGGAUUUACGGAUUGUAACGAGGACAACGAGGGAAUUGCGUACAUGAAAAAUGCGAUGAGGGGCCUUAUCCUCGAACAUGUGUACUGGGGUACAUUGAACAGAAAGUCGACACGAUCCGGCAUGCAUAAAUUGUCGGGGAGAAUGGAUCGAAACGCAUUCGCAUACCCGGAAGACCAAAUCUUGAAGAAGCUUUAUCUGGAGAAGAUGCAUCCAGUCUUGGUCAAGGGAAUGGGUUUCCUCUGGGACAACGGCCCAGAAGUGGGAUGCCUGUCUAACCGCUUCAUGGAGAUACUCAAACCGACUAACAAGAAACCCUGCGCAACGAAAAGUUUCGGAUUGGGCUACUUUGACGAGUUAGCCUCCCUGGAAAGAUGGAGUAAAGAGCAUAAAACUCACUUGAACAUCUUUGGGAAAUUUCUGGAGUACGUUAAAGAGCUGCAAAAUGAUGUCUCCUUACGUCUAUUUCACGAGGUUCUUGUGCUGCAAUCUGAGCAGCAAGAAUUCGAGUGCUUCUGUCAACUGACCACGCCAGACAAUUGA